AUGAACAUCGACAGAGAUGAGAUCAUCUCGCAGUUCUGCGCCAUGACCAGGACGCAGCCCGACGAGUCGCUUGAGUAUCUCAUGGGCAAUGGUUGGGACCUCGAGGCAGCAGUGACUGAUUUUUUUGCCGAACAAGACGAAGCCCUACAAGACCCCGCUCGAUCGACUGGAAACGAGCCUGCGCCGUCCGGAGGUCGAUCAUUGGGCGGUGGCUCCUCCGAUUCUCCGUCCCUUAACCCCCAGUCAUCCUCAUCUCGUAACCCAGCGCCCAAGAAGAGAUUUGCGACACUAGGCGACUACGCAUCUGGAAGUGGAGGUGUCGGGAGCGGGGAUGCGGACUCGUCCGAGGAGGAUGAUAACCCGAACCAAGACUUUUUCGCCGGGGGUGAGAAGUCGGGAUUGGCCGUGCAGAACCCGGAUGACGUGAAGAAGAAGAUCAUUGAGAAAGCCAAACGGACCCAGCUUCCCGCUUCGGAUGAUCCUACGCCCAGACAAUCUCACUUCACAGGCACCGCUCGUACUCUUGGCGGCGAUGACGCUCCUAGUCGCGUAAUUGAUGCUCCAAGUGCACCCGUUCAGCAACAACCGCAGCGAGUUCAGCGCACUCUCCACUUCUGGGCCGACGGCUUUUCCGUGAAUGAUGGCGAUCUCUACCAUUCCGACGACCCCCGCAAUGGCGAGAUCCUUGAGGGAAUUCGACAAGGUCGCGCUCCGCUUUCCAUCAUGAAUGUCCAACCCGGUCAGGAGGUCGACGUGGAGAUCAAGCAGCACGAGGAGAAAUACGUGAAGCCGAAACCCAAGUACAAGCCUUUCUCCGGACAAGGACAACGGCUGGGAAGUCCGACUCCCGGCGUGAGCACGCCUUCGCCUGCCGCGGCCCCUGCCGCUCCCAGUCAAACCGAGUCCGAACCCGAGAAACCAAAUGUCGACGAAUCGCAGCCAACGAUCACUCUGCAGAUCCGACUUGGAGACGGCACACGGCUCGUAUCCCGCUUCAACACUACACACACUAUUGGCGAUGUCUACCAGUUCGUUUCUGCGGCCAACCCUGCCAAUCAGGCACGUCCCUGGGUGUUGAUGACUACGUUCCCCAGCAAGGAGCUCACUGAGAAGGACGUUGCCCUUGGUGAUCUUGCAGAGUUCAAACGCGGAGGUGUGGUGGUCCAGAAGUGGCAAUAA